AUGGUAAUAAGCACUCCAGAAUAUGUGACUUGUCCAAUGGUUAUUGGGAAUUUCCAAAGUCCCCCAGGGGUAGGUAGUGAGUAGCGUGCAAAAGCAGGGCUCCUGGUUAUUAGGAUAUAUUACGGCCUCCUGAAGCGCGUGAAGAGUCUCCCCGCUUGCUUUGGGUUUUAGAAAGCUGUUUUUAGGUUAGGUGUCAUGUGACUUAUCUUAGACAUUCAAAUAGGGAGCUUAAGGGCCUGUUUACAUGAAGGUGGGGGAACCCAGGUAGGUGAGGUAACCCGUUUAGGUGAGGAAAAACAAUAACCCUCCUUUACAUGUAAUCUUACAACCCCGCCAUCCCGGGGUGCACUUUUUCAAGAUUAUUGAAUGGUCCCUAAGCACGUAAACAAGAAAAAUGCUGGCAAACCACGUGUUUUGGUGGUUAAUACUCCUCUACACUCACAUACUGCUCUUGCUGCAACCUUUAGUGCUGUGGCUUUCUUUUGUUGCCUUUAAGAAUGAUGCAAAGCCACCGCCAAAGUAAAUUUUUGCGCGAAUUUGACGUAUCAAGAAUCCGACCCCGGCUAGGCGGGUUACCCCGCCUUGAAAAGUUUACAUGGCAAAAUUUGAUCCCUGCUAGGAGUGUUACCCGGUCUGGCAGACCGGGCUACCCGCCUUGAAGGGUCAACCCACCUAGCAUGUAACCGUGAUCAAAUUAAUAAAAGAGAUUAUAUGGACAGGUGAGUUACCCCACAUAAACCGGUUACCUCACCUACCUGGGGUCCCCCACCUCCAUGUAAACAGGCCCUAAGCAACGACGACGGCGACGGCAACGAGAAAGGCAAACAAGCAAGAGGUUGAGUAGGCAUAAAAACAACUUUACACGUACAUCACGCCUUUUUGUACACUGCACGCUGACCACGACGUGAAAAUGCCUAAUUUCAUGUUUUGUGGAGGACGCGAACAUAAGACAACGACUUUCUUUACCUUUUCCUGAACUUUUAUGCCAUCUUUUAGAAUUCAACUCCAGAAUAGUUUGCCAGUAUUUGAUGAGUUGAGCGAGAUGGAAUAAGCGCGAUUAACUUUAACGCAGCGCGAAUUCACUUUUUAGUAACGUUUUCGAGCCGUCCCCUUCUUUGUUGCUUAAGCUCCCUAAUAUCAUGAUGCCGACCGUUUACUUGCUUGACCAACGCACGAGUGAUUAUGUAGACGAUGAAAAAUGGUCAAAGCCUAACAUCUAUCUUGAUUAUGCUCAUAAAUCCAGGAACAGAUCGUUUGCACGUGACGUCGUGGCGGCCGUAUUUGCGACUUUCACGUUGCCCAUAAUGCACUUUGUUUUCCCUACAACAUUUUGCUUAAGUACUCUUUUCAAUUACUCUUGGGAUGGGACUGUUAAUAAUCUUCUCUUGACAAAUUGAAAACAAAACUUCUGCCAAAUUUUAUGGGGACGUAAAAGUGGCAAGUUGUGUACAAAAACGAUGAAACGGCGGCCAUGUUGGUGUACCAACUCUUUUCUCAUGUAAAAAAUUUAUUUUGUUCCGUGAAAUUUGUAUAGCCACUGAUCACGAGUAAAAAUGAUGUAUAUCAAAAGGAACUAUCUAUACAUACAGUCAUUUUUAUAUUUCCUCCUACUGUACGUUUGUUUAUUCAAUUGCGCAACUCCUGUUUUUAAACUGAAGAAAUCAUGGUCAAUCUCGUAGCCAGGGUCUUCUGGCUUUUUGACCUACGGGGCAAGACUCUGGAUACCAGAUUGAUCCAUGGUAGAAACAUUAUAUCUGAAGAUCAUCAUUGCCAAAAGUUAACAAGAGUUUUCGAGAUGAUGUAACUGUUUUCAGCUACUUUCUGUAAAUGUUUAAAUGUCAAACACUGUUCUCGUUUGUCUUUAGGUCGAAGUAUCUGUUGACAACAGCGCAGUCAAUAGCAACGCGGGAGUCUGGGGCGACACGGAAACUUUCAAUCCCCGAAGAUUUGAUGACGAAACACCGAACAUGCGCAAAAGCUUGUGUCGCUUCGGUAUUGGACCGCGAAGGUGUAUGGGAUACCGGGUUGCUGACACCUUUAUGAAAGUUUUACUGGUCACAUUGCUGGAAAACUACUCCGUUGCCCUGGAGACGGACGUGACAGAUGAUGAUGACAGUGUACCCGUUCAAAAGGUUGGGCCAUUCUGCUUUCCGUGCGUGGACUUCAAAGUUCAAGUUGCGCAGAAAAAUGUUACUUCUUAAAAGUUACAAACACGACGUUUAUCGUUAUCUGGAAAAAAAUUUAACGUCAGAAAUACUUCAGAUAAUUAAUGGCGACAUCAAAGAACACGACAGCAAGUAAACGUUGGUACUAGUAGUGAAAUUUGGACAGUACGGGUCGGUUUUUCAGACGAAUUCUAACUUAGACCGCGGUUUAGGAAAUCUUUGGACCUCUAGGUCUCUUCCUUAGUUGUUUAUGCAGAAGACAAACGCUUCCCUGGUCUACGCUAUAUGGUUUCAUGAAACUGCUCACGGUAAAUGGUGUGUUGAUAGAAGCAUUUAGCAAACUGAAAAUGGCUUAGAACGCGGUUUUGUUAAACGGCUAAACUCCGUUUAAAUAACUGGCCCUACGUGUUUUUUGAAGUCGCCAUUCAUUAUCUGAAGGUAUUUCUGACGUUACACGAGGAUGUCUGUUAGGCACUAACUAGUCCCCGGCAUUAUGGCUCUU